ACCGGGACAUGGCACCGGGACCCCCCCACACACACUCCCCGCUCGGAGCCGCCGCUUGAGAAAACGAGGGACCCCCUCGGCUGGUGGCGGGGGGAUGCUCCCGGGUCUCCCCCUCCCCGCACCCCUUCCCCCGCUCAGGCAUCCCCCGCUCCCCGCGCUGCGGGGGCUGCCCGCGGCCCCCGAGUGAAAGAAAUAACCCCCAGCUCGCUGUUAGGAGGAGCCUGGGAAGGCUUCAGGAAUGAGUACAUUAAUUACAGACACGGUUUAUGUCACAUCCGCCGGGAGCACGGAGGGAGCCGCGGGGCUUUGGGUGCCCCGGCCCCUCGGGAGCGCCGCCGGGCUUGAUGGAGCCAGGAGCUGGGGUUACCGUCGUGGUUUUGCUCCUGCACGGUCCCCUUUGGGCUUUGACUGGAAACUGAGGCGGGUUGAGACGUCUUUCCUCGCCCUUGCUUCUUCCUCAGAGGUGCCGUUGUGCUCGGCAGCUCCAUGCCAUGAUCACAUCCCGCAAAAGCUGGCAUCUGGGAUCCGGGCUCCGCGCUGGCACCGCCUGGAAGCCGAAGGACCGUCCCCUGGCCGGCCGUGGGGAGGACACGCGUGUCAGCGGGAGCGGAGCAGACGCCUCUCCUCAGGUUCCUCUCCUCCCUGCGCUGCUUCACUGUGAAAUCCUCGGCGUGAGCUGCUCGGACGCCGCAAACCCCGGCGGGCUCCGCCUGGCUGGCCCGACACCAGCCCUGCGGGUGCCAACGGGCUCACAGCGGGAGGACUCAGCCACGGAGGAGCCGCUGGUGACCCCACACGAGCCGGCAGCAGCACAGGCAGCAACAGCCAUGGACCUGGAGAAAGCAGGAGGGAGGCUCUGCGGUGGGAAACGUGCCAGCCUGCCGGCCCCACGGCCCUUCCCCGUCAUCCAGAAGGUGAUGGCUUCCAUGGCACACCUGCAGGACGAGAAGCUGAGGCUGCAGGAGGAGCUGCUGGGGCUGCAGGAGCAACUCGCCACCCGGGAGAACGACGAGCUCUCCCGCUCUCUCCAGCUGCAAGGGCAGGUUGACAGCCUGAAGGCGAAGCUCCUGGAGCAGGCGCAGGAGAUCGGGCGGCUGCGCUCAGAGCUGGGUGGCACGGAUGCAGAGAAGCACCGGGACCUGCUGGCGGCCGAGAACGAGCGUCUGCGGCAGGAGAUGAAGGCGCGCGACGGGGAGCUGAGGGAGCUGCGGCGGCAGCAGCAGCCGUGCCGGGACUGUGCCCACCUCCAGGAGAACGCCAGGCUGCAGGAGCGGCUGUCGCAGCUGCAGCGGGAGGCGGAGGAGAUGAGGGCCAAGCUGGUGGAGUUGGAGCUGGAGGUGCAGCAGAAGACCAACCGCUUGGCUGAGGUGGAGCUGAGGCUCAAGGACUCGCUGGCUGAGAGAGCCCAGGAGGAGGAGAGGCUCAGCCGGCGGCUGCGGGACAGCCAGGAGACCAUCGCCAGCCUCAAGGCUCAGCCCCAGCAGAUAAAGUACAUCAUCAAGACAGUGGAGGUGGAGUCAGCCAAGGCAAAACAGGCCCUGUGUGAGAGCCAGUCCCGAAACCAGUACCUGCAGGAGCAGGUGGGGAUGCAGAGGCAGGUGCUGAAGGAGAUGGAGCAGCAGCUGCAGAGCUCCCAGAAGACGGCGGCUCAGCUCCGAGCUCAGAUCGUGAUGUACGAGGCUGAGCUGGAGCGAGCCCACGGGCAGAUGCUGGAGGAGAUGCAGGCGAUGGAGGAGGAGAAGAACCGCGCCAUCGAGGAGGCUUUUUCCCGUGCCCAGGUGGAGAUGAAGGCAGUGCAUGAGAACCUGGCAGGCGUCAGAACCAACCUGCUGACGCUGCAGCCGGCGCUGCGCACCCUCACCCACGACUACAACAGCCUCAAGCGCCAGGUCCGCGACUUCCCCCUGCUCCUGCAGGAGACCCUGCGCAGCGCCAGGGCUGAGAUUGGGCAGGCCAUCGAGGAGGUGCACAGCACCAACCGGGAGCUGCUGCGCAAGUACCGUCGCGAGCUGCAGCUGCGGAAGAAGUGGCACAACGAGCUGGUGCGGCUGAAAGGAAACAUCCGAGUGUUCGGCCGAGUCCGUCCCAUCACGAAGGAGGACGGGGAGGGUCCCGAGGCAGCCAACGCUGUGACCUUCGAUGCAGAUGAUGAUGCCAUCCUGCACCUCCUGCACAAGGGCAAGCACGUGUCCUUUGAGCUGGACAAGGUCUUCCCUCCACAAGCAUCCCAGGAGGAGGUGUUCCAGGAGGUUCAAGCCCUGGUCACCUCCUGCAUUGAUGGGUACAACGUCUGCAUCUUUGCCUAUGGACAGACAGGGGCAGGAAAAACCUACACCAUGGAGGGCACAGCAGCAAACCCAGGCAUCAACCAGCGAGCCCUGCAGCUGCUGUUCUCCGAGGUGAGAGCCAAAGCAGCCGACUGGGACUAUGCCAUCAGCGUCAGCGCUGCCGAGAUCUACAACGAGGCCCUCAGGGACUUGCUGGGGAAGGAGCCACAGGAGAAGCUGGAGAUCAAGCUGUGCCCUGAUGGCAGUGGGCAGCUGUACGUGCCAGGGCUGACCGAGUUCAGGGUGCAGAGCGUGGAGGACAUCAACAAGGUGCUGGAGCUGGGCCAUGAGAAGCGGGUGACGCAGUGCACGCAGCUCAACGAGCGCAGCUCCCGCUCUCACGCGCUGCUCAUGGUCAGCGUGCGGGGCCUGGACCGCAGCACCGGCCUGCGCACCGCGGGGAAGCUGAACCUGGUGGACCUGGCGGGCUCGGAGCGCGUGGGGCGGUCGGGCGCGGCGGGCAGCCGGCUGCGCGAGGCUCAGCACAUCAACCGCUCCCUGGCGGCGCUGGGAGACGUCAUCUACGCCCUGCGCGCCCGCCAGGGCCACGUGCCCUUCCGCAACUCCAGGCUCACCUACCUGCUGCAGGACUCGCUCAGCGGCGACAGCAAGACCCUCAUGAUGGUGCAGGUCUCCCCUGCUGAGAAGAACAGCAGUGAGACGCUGUGCUCCCUCAAGUUUGCAGAGAGGGUUCGCUCCGUGGAGCUGGGGCCCGGCUCCCGCAAGGCUGAGCUGGGCUCCUGGCCCAGCCACGAGCACCUGGAGGGUGACACCCCAGGAGCUGCAGCAGCCUCAGGCAGGGGCCACGCAGCCCCCAGCCCCGGGCAGCUCUCGGGCCGUGCUGCCUCCAUCCGCAGGAAGCUCCAGAGCUCAGGGAAGCUGAGGCCGGUGCCUGUGUGACAGGGGCUGGCCCUGGCACCCACCCCCUCCCAGGGCCACACAGAGCCAGCUGCUGCUGGGCACCAAGGCUCCAGACUGCCCCUGACCCAGCAGGACCCACCACAGGAGGGUGAUGGCAUCGCUCACCGUGGGCACAGGAUCUCCCACCAGCUCCCCUCCCCCUGCCAAGGUUGGGGCCAGUGAUGCUGGGCAGGGAUCUGCCUCCUCCCACACUCAGCUCUGGGACUUGGAAUCUUUGCUGGACACUGUUUUUAGCCAGUGGGAGCUGCUGGGUGCUCUCCAGCUUUGGCUGUGUGCCAGCAUCUGACUGGAAGGGAGACUUGGAGGCAGCCAAGCCUCUGGCCACAUCUCUGCUCCUCAUCUCAGAGCCAGCCUGGCCAUGGCUGCUCCAGGACUGCAUCCAGCCCUGCCUCCUGUCUCAGAGCAACUCUUCCUUUAUUUUAAGCCAGAACAAAUAUAAAUCCCAGCAGGGCCUUUGCCCA